CCAUGAUGCAUUUGAAAUUACCGUGGCCACUGGACGGGGGAAGGGAAGCUGAGAUUGGAGGGAGAAACAGUCAGAAACUGAGUUUUCAGAUAUUGUGUACAUAUGACCGCCCCUGCUCUGGACUCUGAACAUUCAAUAACUCUAUCCAUGACCCCCAUCUCACUGGAAACCUUCUCAUCUUACGUUGGACGCGUGCUGAUGUUUCAUGUGAGGCUAAAGACACAAUAAACCCAGCCAAGUAAAUUAAACCUUACUGGUACCUCUGUGUGCACACUGGAUUUGUCUCUUGAGUACCAAAGUAAUGAAGACUCCUGGACGGGGAGAGCCCAGUCCUGAAAAGCAAUGUCAUCCUCCACCUUCUGUGUACGUGUGAUGGAGCUGAGGAGUGGACCCAGUGGCCAAGAAGAUCUGCGGAGGAGAGGAAGGAGGCAGGUUUCCAGGAAACUUGUGCAUUGAUGGAUUGCAAUUUCCUCCCGUCAGCUCUUGUAGACUGAUACCUGCACAUUCCUAUCAGCGUACGCACUCAAGGUUACACUUUAGAGUAGCUAAUAAAACAAAGCUGCCAUCAAAAACCACACAAUCAUCGCGGAUACACAGAUGUGCACAUUAUGGAUUUCUUCUGCCAGUGACAGUUUGUGGAAAUCACACUAGGGGGACUGUGGACGUUGAGUUCUGUGUGUAUGAAGGAGAAAAGCAUAAAUACUUGCCGUCAUUACUAAUCUACACUACAGAAACCAUGGUGGUCCUUGCAUCGGCUCCUCAGCCCAUCGUCGUCCACGACUACAGCAGCCUUUAGAGGCCGGGAUCAGGAACACGCUCGCCAGCCAACACACUCAUAUGCAAUGGAAGAAGACAUUGAUGUCACACCCCACACUGAGGGCCUGAAUGGUUUGUCCCAUGAAUGUAAACCAUUAGAGGAAAUCACCAAUGGACACUCCAACCAUAAGCCUGUCAUGAACGGACUGAUAAUUAGUCAUAAUGUCAAAGAGCAGACCAACGGCAGCGCACCACUCAGAUCCCUGCCGAUUUCAGCACUGAAGCAGAAUGGUCUUCUUCAGACUCUGGCAGCCGGGGGGGACCAGCCUCAGCCUGCAGAGGAAAAUGUGGAGUUGGAAAAGGCCAGAGAGGAGUGGGAGGCUCUGGAGAACGUCCAACCAGCUCUCACUGAGGACUCGAACCCAACCCCGAUCAUCUCCUUUAAUGAAGCCUUGCAGUACUUCCAGACCACAGACCUCGGGGAUUUGCUGAAGAACAUCCAGCCCACCAUUCGCAGGACCGGUCUGGCCGCGAUCACACACUUCCUGUUCGGACCUCCACGACUGCACAGGGAGCUGCUGGAGGAGAGGGACCUGGUGUUUGCCAUCGCACAGUGCCAUGUGGACAACAGCCAAACCGUCCACAUGCGUGUCCUCCAGACCAUUUAUAAGAGGCUGAUAGGCAGCAGGCUGGACUGUCCUCGCUUCGGGGCGCACUGGGAAAACAUCGGCUUUCAGGGUACAGACCCAGCCACUGACCUGCGUGGCACUGGUUUCCUGGGUCUGAUGCAUACGCUGUACUUUGUGAUGGACCCAGAGACUCUACCGUUGGCUAGAGACAUCUACAAGUUAUCACAACACCCCACACAGAACUUUCCAUUCAGUGUGAUGUCAAUCAACAUGACCCGCAUCGCUCUGCAAGUACUCAGAGAGGAAGCUUUGUCAAAGGAGUGCAAUCGUCGUCAGCAGGUGGUCGGUGUGCUCAAUGACUUCUACGUUGCCACGUAUCUGCACCUGUACCAACUGUGGAAGACCCAACAGAAGACCAUCGUAGACUCUGGCUUUGUACUAAAAGAAGUGGAGCUGUUUGCCAAAAAGAACCCGAAGCAGAUGCUGCGCCGACUAGAGGUCUUCCUGAAAGAGAGGCGGGCAGGUGGGGUCCCCCGCGGGACGUCGCCGGAUCCUCAGGCCCAGCAGCCUUCUCCCAGCCUGGGGGCCAGGGCCGGGUCGGGACAGGGGAGCAAAGGAAAGGAGAUGCACUUCACAGGAGUGUGUGAUCUACCGCCAGACAUGGAGGGAGAGGCCAGACUCAUCUAAGCUAGACUCUGUGUGUGAGAGUGUGAGAGUGUGUGUGUGUGUGUGUGUGUGUGUGUGUGUGUGUGUGUGUGUGUGUGUGUGGGAGCAAUCUUGUUUGUGAGUGUAUCUAUUGUGGUGUGUGUGUGUGUGUGUGUGUGUGUGGGAGCAAUCUUGUUUGUGAGUGUAUCUAUUGUGGUGUGUGCGAGUGGCUUACUCUCAGAGAUAAACCCCACCAGUCCCUGAUCUAGGACCUGCUAUCUGAACCUAUUCAAACACCUCCACUCCUUCCUCUGACGCUGGGGUGCUGCACUUUGGUCAGAUUAAGCUUUCGGAGUUAUAUUUGAUUUCUUUUUUGUUAUUAAUGAUUAAAUUAUUUAUUUUUUAAACAUAGAACAGUUGACUAUAAGGAGCUAAAGCAGGUUAGAAACACAGCAAGUGAUUUUUUUUUUUUGCACUUUUCUGUGAAUUUAGUAGCCAAAUCGAUAGCUGCCAAAUUCUUGUGGUUAAAUCCUAACCUGCCUAGAUGUCCAAAACGUACACUUGUGUGUCCCUAGGGUCCCUCAGUAAGGGUGUUAACAUGUAGAAGAGGGAGGGGCUUCUCCUCCCUCGCUCUGAGAUACAGCGCCAUCACACGAGCAUGCUAACAGCUCAUACAUACUGUUAAACGCUCUGUUAACUUUAUGGUGAUACUAGAGAAAUGAACCAGUUUCCAGCCGUGCUACAGAGGGGAAAGAGGCAGGUUUCUCUCGGUGUGAGUGGGGAGCGGCAGAUCGAAAAACCCAGGGAGGUUACAGAAGAUUUGAACACAAUAGACUUUGAACGCAGCCUGCUUUGAAGGUCCGGUCUCAUGCGUUCUCUAUUAGAGCGUUAAUUAAAUAAAUGUCUUGUGAAAGAUGUGGACGCUCAGCCCAGAUGUGUGGGGGUAGAGCCAGGUGUUUCAUGGUGUGUGUUGCCAGGGGUCUGAUAGACUAGGUCCAGAGCUUCCACGUAAUGUGGGGGAAUAUAUUUUAAAUAAUAAAAAAAAAACUAUUUUAAUCUUUUCUGAAGGGACAGCGGACCAUAACUUCACAGUUAUGUUAAAGCACUGUAGAACUUUGUUAUGAAACUUGAUGACUUUGUGGCCGUUAGAAGGGUUUUUAUUUAUCCCACCAGAACGUAUGAAAAUAUUUUCGCGGUUCAAGCCAAGGAGACACGUCAUAACAGAGUCUGUGCGCUCGGCUCGGUCCCGGAUAAAAUCGAAGGUCUGGUAUGAGCUUUCUCUACAUUCCGUUAUAAAGCAUGUGAUUGUAUGUUUUCUUUGACAGUUAAACAUUUAUUCCAGUGUGUGUGUGUACGCUUGUGUGUGUGUGAUGUAAUGAAUGAGCUGAUAUUGAUGAAGGGUGCCUCUCCUCGGAGAUGUAUGGUACAGUAUGCAAUCCCAGCUCUCACUCAAUGAUAAUCAAAACGAUAGUGCUGUGUGACGAUGGAAAUCGUUCCUAACUUCAGGGUUUGUGCGCUUGUGCGAGUGAAUGUGUUUGUGUGGGCGUGUGUGUGUUUGUUGUAUGACAGGAACUGACUACAGAUGGGGUGCUUUCCUCUGCACACAAUAAGCCAGCUUUACUAAGUACUUGAUCCAUCAAGCUGCAAAGACGGUACAUUUUGCCGUUUUAAAAAAUGGUACAGAACAUUUCUUAGGGCAAAAUUUACCCAAUAAACUAAGAACACUAUUUGGUUUACUUUAAAAAAAAAAAACAGAUGUUAGUUUUGAACACAGCUGGUGGCUGGGAUGGGUAGAGCUCCUCAGCAAAGCUGGUUCCUUCUUUGUGCUAAUGUGAAACCGUCCCCCAUCGUUGUAGUCUCGAUCUGUAGCAUGUUCAGGUAGCACUAGUACUGUAGCAUCCUAUAGCCUCCUCCUCUUCGUAAAGCUUGUUGAUGUCAUGUCUCAGUUACAGUCCGUAGUGUCAAUGGGUGCGCAAACUGUUACUACUAUAGCACAUUUAUUUCGUAUUUGCAUCAGGCCUCCUUCAGUAGACACACAUUUAGGUGGCGCAGCGUAUGUUUCGGAGAGAUGUGGGAUAGGCUUGACGUGUUAUUGAGCUCAACCUUGUCUUCUAAGAAGGUAACAGUAAAAACGGUGCCUACGUCCAGUGGAGCCACGAGGGGUAGAGCGCUUUUUGUUUUCUUUCAUUUGAGCCACCGUGCCACAUUAGACUUCCUCCAUUCAUGUAACGCAGUAAACAGAGUCGAUGUGACCCCCUAACAUGCAGGCCUAAAGGAUAUAUACAUAACGAUACACUAUGGUCCACUCGGAUAGUUUGCCAUCUCCGUUCUCCACGAAAUAUCUUCAAAAAAUGAGCUGAUGUAGUUUAGCCAAUUGUUUGCAAGUGUUUUGAUCGAACAGGACAAUUUGCACUGUUGUAGAUAUUUGAUAGUGUGUGUGACGUAUGCAAGAGGAAACAGGCCAUCUUCAAUAGCCAUAAUGUCCAUUAUCGCCCACCUCAUUAAACUUCGUGGAGUCCUCCCUCUAAAAAGAAAUUGCACCAUAUAUUUGAUUUCACAUUUAGUUUUAUGACAUUUUUAAACUGAGGCGCAGUACAGUGUAUGUAAAUCAGGAAGUUUGUAUAUAGAGAAUUAAUGAUUGUAACUGUGUGAUGGUCUGUAGGGCAUUAUACUGAAACACAUUGCUUACCUCAAGACUUGAGACAAAUCUCUCUUUUCUCUCUCCUGACGUUUGUUUGGCCUCUCAGUCAGACUCUUUCUUUUUUUUACGUUUCCUUGUACCUAGGCCUUCUCUCAUACCAUUUGGACAUGUUAUAUAUUGUAUAAUCUACACCUGAAGCACUAUGGUAUAGCAAACUAACACAAAAGCUGGUCAAUGUUAUGUGUAAUCUAUUUAAAGACACAUUUAUAGACACUAUAUAGGCCCACACGCGCUCAUCUGCAGAUGAUAAAAUCCUUUUUUAAAUGAUCUAUAAUUGGCUGAUGUUUGAAAUAAAGCUGGGUUUCUUGUGGCUUCAGUGAUAGUACAGUAUACAUUUUGCUGUGUUUAAGUGUUUGAUGUCCGGAAAACACUCAGAAACAAUCCAGUGGGUACAGCUACAGUCACAAACAAAUAAAUAUAUGAUUGUAAAGAUAUACGUUUGAUUAGGAGUCAUAAUACAGUGUAUGCUUUGACCUUGGUAUAUAUUCAGUAUCCAAACAAGGCCUGAUUUAUCCUCUCAUAUUACCAAAACUUAUAUUUUUAGCGGUUCUAAUAGAUCAUAUUCUUAUGCGUUGAUUAUCGUUUCAAAUCUCCUCAGUUGUGAAACCAGAACCAAGAGAAAAAAGAAAAAGAAAACGGGUUCUUGCAGGAUGUCGGAUGCUCUGAGAGGUGUGGUGUGAAGUUCAGCCGCUCGGCAAAUACAAUCACUUCUCUAAAUAUCCUGCGCUUUAUAUGAAGGUGUUUUACUGUUGCCGUCGUCGUCAUGUCCCUCAGAGCAUUUUAUGACUGUACCUUGAUUGUAGAAGCCCUAUUUUAUACUGAGAGUUAUUUCAGAAUACAGUAUGUGCUGUUGUACAUUAAAUGUAUCGUAUGGAGAAAGCUAAAUAAAUGCUGUUAAAAAACUAAAA